GUGCGUGCGCGAGCUGCGGCGACUGGGAGUGGGGAGCCGGUUGUGCCGCGCCGCGGUUUCGGGGCCAUGAUCCGGAACGGGCACGGGGAGGCAGGCGGCGCCGAGCGGCCGGGCCCAGGGGGCAGGCGCGCCGUGCGGGUGUGGUGCGACGGCUGCUAUGACAUGGUCCAUUAUGGCCACUCCAACCAGCUGCGCCAGGCACGGGCCAUGGGUGACCACCUCAUCGUGGGGGUACACACGGACGAGGAGAUCGCCAAGCACAAGGGGCCCCCAGUGUUCACUCAGGAGGAAAGAUACAAGAUGGUGCAGGCCAUCAAGUGGGUGGACGAGGUGGUACCAGCAGCCCCCUAUGUCACCACGCUGGAGACGCUGGACAAGUACAGCUGCGACUUCUGUGUCCACGGCAAUGACAUCACACUGACUGUAGAUGGCCGGGACACCUACGAGGAAGUGAAGCAGGCUGGGAGGUAUAGAGAAUGCAAGCGCACCCAGGGGGUGUCCACCACAGACCUCGUUGGCCGCAUGCUGCUCGUGACCAAGGCCCAUCACAGCAGCCAGGAGAUGUCCUCCGAGUACCGGGAGUAUGCAGACAGCUUUGGCAAGUGUCCUGGGGGGCGGAACCCUUGGACAGGGGUGUCCCAGUUUUUACAGACAUCCCAGAAGAUCAUCCAGUUUGCUUCGGGGAAGGAGCCCCAGCCAGGGGAGACGGUCAUUUACGUGGCUGGUGCUUUUGACUUGUUCCACAUCGGGCACGUGGACUUCCUGGAGAAGGUACAUGGCCUGGCGGAGAGGCCCUACGUCAUCGCUGGCUUGCACUUUGACCAGGAGGUCAACCACUACAAGGGGAAGAACUACCCCAUCAUGAACCUGCAUGAGCGGACCCUGAGCGUGCUGGCCUGCCGGUAUGUGUCCGAAGUGGUGAUUGGGGCCCCGUACUCGGUCACAGCAGAGCUCCUGGAUCACUUCAAGGUGGACCUGGUGUGUCAUGGGAAGACGGAAAUCGUGCCUGACAAGGAUGGCUCCGACCCGUAUGAGGAGCCCAAAAGAAGGGGUAUUUUCUGUCAGAUCGACAGUGGGAAUGACCUCACCACGGAUCUCAUUGUCCAGCGUAUCAUCAAGAACAGCCUAGAACGCUCCUACCUCCAAGGCCCAGAGUACCUGCUGCUGGCACUCCACCCCACACAGCUGGAAAUGCUACCUCCGUGGAGAGGGCCUGGCACAGAGAGAACACGCUACACUGCCUGUCAUCAAGAGAAACUAGCCUCUCUCUGAUUUUCAAGAAUCUAGAAAACCCCAUCAUGCAGCUGGUGCCAGCAGAGCACAAUGACCUCCCCCAGCCUCGAGUCAGGUCCCCACGGGCAUUGAGGAGCUACAGCUUGCUUCCUCCACCCUCUCUUAGGGGUUUCAUUCCCCCAAACCAUUGCCCUGGGGGCCCUUCACGCCUAUCAAGCACGAGCUGUAUCCAGAUGUCACUAGUGCAUAAACACAGUGGACCAGCCAGACAAGCCAGGGUGAACAGGGUACAUCUUGUCCACGAAGUGGUUCCUAAGUGCAGGUCUGAACCCCUGUUACCACAGGGCUGGGCUGGUCACCUGUGGUCCUGGUCCUCACUCUUGACACCAAACACAGGGACGGUUGACUAUACAAUGCGUUAAAGAGAUAACACUACGGCUGAGCCACAUGACAAUGCUCUCAAAACCUCAUGUAGCACCUGCUCGGAGCUGCACAAGGGGCUGGGAACCUGGCCUGUGCUCUCAUCCAACCUCACAGUGCCUCCGCAGCCUCCGUCACCCGACCUAACAGACAGGAGGCCAGAGCCACACGACUCAUGAAGGCAGAUGCCACUGCCUGAAGGGAGCAGGCCGACCAGGAGGCUGGUAUGGGUGCCAGGUCUUAAGUAUCCUUCAAUGUCUGCUGAAAACAUGCAGCUCCUUCCGAAUUCCCAAGCAGCCCCUGCCCCACAGUGGUACCUACACCCCAUGGAGUCAGAAGGGAUGAGCACUUCCAUCUUUCUACUCUUUUGUUUGGGGUAGUGUUCCUCAAUCUUUUAAAAAAAUCCUUUCAAUGACGAAACGCCAGGCCCUUUCUGAAACUUUUAUGACAAAACAACCAGAAAAUAAUUUACUUGGCAAAUACAAAACGAUCUAACUCACUCUGCUUCCCAGACCAGGGGUGUGGGGUGAGUAGGACUCUGUGCCAGGAGCCCACAGGGUGUGACACCUGAUUUAUAUUGGUUCUCACCCACCCAGGGUCUUUCCAACCUCAGCAGAACUAUGCUUGGAAUCACCCCUAACACAUUAGAGUCCUUACAAACAGAGUGUGGAAGAGGGUGAGCAGGGGCCAGCCAGCCCAUUGGUGGGGGUACCCAGCCAUCCUCUCCGUUUGAGGCAGGGCUCCUGUAGGCAGCCCGCCGGGGCAUCUGACAGCACAAGUGCAAGCCGACAGUGACUCAUACCAGUGCCGGUGGAAUCUUAACAAGACUUUCACUCCCAAAGCCCAGGGACAAGGAGCAGAUUUAUGACAGCCUGAGUCACUCGGGAUUCUCUAUAGGAGUUCCAUUUCAGCAGAGAAACCCAGCGUUACUUGAUUUGUAUAGAAAGCGCCCUGGGCUAGCCAAACACUUUGCUCAUUACAACUAGCUCACUCUAACCUCAUAACCAGCAGGUCCAAAUUUCAUACUCUAAACCCCCUCUUCCAAGCAGCCAGCACUCGUGAGCAAGCACCGCACACUGGGAUGCGGCCCCUGGUGCCAUCUCUGACACAAAGGCUCACUGGCCCACAUUAGGCCAAGGGCAUGGCCACAUAAACGCUUCCGAGGACUUUUCUGUUCAGAGGCCACAAUCUGCUGCUGAGAAAGUUGCAAGUACCUACCCACAGCCUGUGCUGUACCCUUAGGAAGGGUGGUUUUAAAUGGAUUAAACCAAGCCAGACCUUGUGCUUCUACUUUCCUUUCCUGUUACGUAAAACCUCAUCAAGUAGAGCCAAUCACUGAUUUCCUAAGAUUAUCUCCCACCUGUUUGAUUAAAUCAGGAUAGAUCAGCCCCUGGGUUAAUCUCUCAGGAGUUUGUGUUAAAAGCCCUAACACAUCUU